AUGGAGGACCUAAACGGCUUGAGUUGGUCCUCCGACUCCAAAAACCCAAGCAAACCACCGCCAAUGAGCUCUGGGUACUUGUACCCAAGUAUCCCAUCAAAUGGCGGCUCUGGCAGGUCUACCCCGUUAUCUGCCUCCUCGAACCGCUCAAGCUCGCCAUCAAAGCCCGCCACUUCUACCGGAGAUAGCUUCGCGAAUCUGGUUUCAUUCAAUUCUUCCGCCGGAAACAAGAAUCUCUCUCUCAUGGAACAGCAGAAGCGCUUGCAGGAGGAAAAGGCUAAGAAGGAAGCCGAUAAUCGCAGUCGAUUCGAAUUGCAAUACGGAGGCCAGAACAACCAAUUCUGGGACAACUUCGAGGGACGUACGCGGAGCCCCGCAUCUGUACCUGCUUCUCGAUCUGCACCCCCGCCCACGGACGAAGAGGAUAUCCUGGCCGCCUUCGAUGCUGCAGCGCCAGUGGACGCGUCGACCCAUUUCCCAGUCCCCCUCUCCUCGAGAUCGUCGCCUCGAAUCGACAUGAAGAGUCGCCCAGAGCCUUCCAACGGGGGAAUUAGCAUGCAGGAUAACACGGGGGGUAUGGACGCCUUUGAUGACGAUGACCCAUUCGGCCUCAAUCAAUUGAAGCCGAAAUCCGCUCCCCCUCCUCAGCCUCAACAAGCCGACGAUGAUGAUUUCCUUGGUCUGCUCGGGAAGCCGGUAUCAGAUAUCCCCCAACAGGAACCGCCUCCCGCAUCUGCCACACCCUUAGAUCGAGGACGAGACCAAGAUGCAUCUCCUAUGCCUUCCAACGAGGUCGAUCGGGCGAUUGCGGAGUUGGUGGACAUGGGAUUCCCCGCGGAUAAAUCGCGCCGGGCUUUGAAUACCACAGAGUCCGGGACCGACGUACAGGCUGCCGUUGGUUGGCUUCUUACCCAGGCCCAUGCCGAAUCUCGGCAGAAGACUGAAGGACAGCCCGGUGCAACUCAUUCUGCCGAUCGCACUGAAAGGAGCGAUAGUCGUAACCGCGACAGGCCUUCGUGGAUGAGAGAAGAAAUGGCAGAAUCUCGAUCACGUCAGGAUAGACGGAGUCCCGCAUCAGCGGACAAAGACCCUGCGCAGGUCGCCUCUCAAUUUGGUAAUAACCUGCUGAAAUCAGCCGGCUCGCUUUGGAAGACUGGUAGCAAGAAAUUCCAGCAAGCUGUAAACGAAUUCAACACCGAGCAUGACUCCAGCCAACCACGUUGGAUGAGAGAUGCAUCCUCUCCACAAGACGAGCCUCCUUUGCAGCCGCAGCGUCCAGGUCGUCGUGAUCAGCCGGCUCAAACCCAAAGAGAGCAGCAGGACUUCACCAAUGAAGCGCUUCUUCUUGAGUCUGGAGACGGUCGGCCUCAGAAACCUCCUCGUCCUCGUGAAAGCCACCCCGACCCGAGAAGCCAGCCUCCUCGUAAUCAGCAGUCGCCUGGUGCUGCCCAACCAAGGCAGCAAGCCAACUUCCUCCAGCGUCCAUCCCGACCAAGCUCUCAAGAUCCUAAAUCUCGACCUUCACGGUUUGCGGCUGAAGAACAGACGGCGCAAGCAUAUGUUAGUCCUGCGAGACGCAAGCGACCUCAGGCACCACCGCCGCCUUCUGAGCCUAACGUCGAUCUCUUCGAUUCUCCUGCUCCUUCAGCUAGUCGUUCAAAGCCUCCAACCCCAGCCCAGACUGCCACGCCUCCGACACGCUCAGCUUCCAUCCCCGUACGCCCCAAAGCCCCAACACGGUCUAUUCCACCUGUAUCUCAAGAGGCGCUUCAAUCGACACACCGGCACCGCGGAAAGGCCGCAGACUCAUACAAAAGAGGCGACUACGCAGAAGCCCACCAGAGCUUCUCCACGGCCCUUGGCAUGCUCCCUGACAAGCAUCCUAUCACCAUUAUCAUCCGCAGCAAUCGUGCCAUGACAGCCCUGAAGAUCGGUGAACCCAAGUCCGCCAUUGACGACGCCGACAUCAUCCUAACAUUCAUUGGCCCAUCUAAGGGCGAAUCGGAGGUAAUCGAUCUCUGCACCGGGGAAGCGCCCAAGCCCAUGAAAGACUUCUUCGGCAAGGCUUUGAUGCGCAAAGCCGAAGCCCUAGAGCAACUCGAGCGCUGGGGUGAUGCCGCGCAGGCGUGGAAGCUGGCUGUAGAGUCUGGUCACGGUGGCAGCACGAGCAUUCAAGGCCGAAACCGUUGCGAGAAAGCGGCUGGCAUCAACAAGCCUCAAUCUAAGCCCGCAGCCCCUACUAGGAAAAGGCCUUCACCUCCGCCUAAGAAGGCUUCGGCUAUGUCCGAUCUCACGGCCACGUCGGCAUCUGGGACGGACUUUGAAGCAGUCAGCCGUCUGCGGCAAGCCAACCAGGCCGCUGAGCGCGCCGACGAAGAGAAGUUUGCUCUUUCGGAGAGCGUCGAUGCCAAAAUUGCCACCUGGAGAAAUGGCAAGCAAGACAAUUUGCGUGCGUUGCUCGGUAGCCUGGAUUCUGUACUAUGGCCUGAGGCUGGGUGGAAGAAGAUUGGCUUGUCGGAGCUGGUUCUGCCGAAUAAGGUUAAGAUUCAGUAUAUGAAGGGGAUUUCUAAGGUGCACCCUGAUAAGAUCUCUACCGUUGCCACCACCGAGCAACGUAUGAUUGCUGGAUCUGUGUUCGGAACCCUGAAUGAAGCGUGGGAUAAGUUCAGAGCUGAAAAUAACCUCUGAGAAUUCCUAUUUCCCUGUUGAUACCAUCUACCCAUCGUCAUUACUUCGUUUCUUGCAUUUCAUGAUUUCAUCAUCUAGAAGGCGGCCUUGAUAGCAUCUUUGUCCUAUAGAGAAUUCCCACAUGAGCGGUUGCCCUCUUUAUGUUUCUGUAGUACUCAUUCUUCGGUGCUUGCUUAUCGUCGUUGAUCUACGUUCGCUCAUUUGUCCCCAGGUAGUCUGCAAGACGGCUGCUUCUUAGGUCAACCAUCUAGCGCCGGCUUUGAAUAUACAAUUGAAUGGUUUCAAGUCAAU